CGGACGCAGGGGAAUGCCGUUUUUGAUUCCAAAUGUGCUUAGAGAUUUGAAGCCACAGGAACAUUGCAUCCAGAUGUUCCCAGUCUCCUGGCGAGGAUGUUCUUUUUCUUAUGCGUUUCGAAAUAACAGCGGCCUAGACGGUCCCCGUAACAGGGAAGAAGGCUGCGUCGCGGGUUGAUUACGUUACACCCACAGAUUGCAAACGCUGAAUCGGUUUCUAAUAAGAACUUUAACGGUUCGUUCUAAGAAAAGGUGGGAGUCGCGAGACCCCCAACUACCUAGGGAAAACAAGUUUGGUCUGUCAAAGGUCUCGGCCCAAGCAGUCCGCGACCGAGAUUCAACGGCCCCUAGCCUUAAGGCGUCACAGCACUGCGCUUGCGGAAGCCGCUGUCAAACGCGCUGAGGCCGACAAGAAAAAAAGGCGGGAGCCGCCAAUUCCGGGUGGAGCAAAAUGGCGCGGGAGAAGGAGAUGCAGGAGUUCACCCGUAGCUUCUUCCGAGGCCGCCCAGACCUCAGCACGCUCACGCAUUCCAUCGUGCGGCGGACGUUCUUGGCUCACGCGGGCCGCGAUCACCUGGAACCCGAGGAAAAGCAGGCGCUGAAGCGGCUAGUGGAGGAGGAGCUGCUGAAGAUGCAGGUGGAUGAAGCUGGUACGAGGGAAGAGAAACUAGACCUUACCAAGAAGGUGAAGAGGCCUCCCUCCCCCUGCAGUGAAUCAGAGAGAAAAAGGUUCCACCUCAAUUCAGAGUCAGAGCCCAGCUCUGCAGCCUCCAGCCCAGAAUACUUUGGACCCCUAGCAAAGAACAGGAGGGCAGCAGCAGAAGUCAGCCCAGCCAAGGAGGAAGAGAGUCCAAGGCAGGCCUCAAAGAAAGCAGUUGAAGGGAACAAAGAAAGCAGUGAUGAAGAAGAACAGCAGAAGGACCUGACUGCAAAGAUAGAAUUAGAGGAGAGCAGUAAGGAGGAGGAGGAGGAGGAGGAUUGUUCUAUCAGAACAAGUAAGGUCUGGGAGGAAGAGAGCAGUGAAGAGGAAGAUGAAGAGAAAAAGAAGUACAAGGGCAGGGCUAGGAACAGACCUGUGACAAAGAACAAGCAGGCAUCAGGCAAGGCCUCAGUUAGCAGGAAGCAGGCCAGGGAAGAAAGUGAGGACAAUGAGGAAAAAUCUGCCCAGAUGACAGCACAGAAGGUACAGGGAAAUAAAGGAGCUAAAAGCUACCAGGAAAGUGAACAGGAGAGAAAGGAGGAGAAGGAGGAGAUCCUAGCCAAGAACAAAGAACUCAGGGAGGAAGAAGAGGAGGAAGAGGAGGAGGAGGAGGAGGAAGAUUGGAAACCCAGAGUCAGGAGCAAUGGAGGGAAAAGGUCAGCUUGGGAGGAGAGGAUCUGUAAGCAGAAAAGCAGGAUGAGGAGACUAAUGGGAGACGCAGGGGACAGUGGGGAAGAGAAGGAAAAAGAGGCCGCAGGCAGUGGGGAUAGCAGUAGGGAAGGGGAAGAGCCCCCAGUGCAGAGGAAGAGCAAGGAUGGGACCUUGUGUGAGGGUGGGGAAAGGCAGAGUGGGAGCAGCGAGGCUGAGGAAGACAGCUGGAAGGUGAAAGCAAUAGCUAAAGGCACUGGAAAGAGAGCCAAACUGAGCAGUGUCAGUGGUGAGGAGAGUGACUUGGAGAGGGAGGUGAGUGACAGUGAGGCAACGGGGAGCCCCAAGGGGGAAAGGAAGAACCGCUCUUCCAAGAAGAGCUCCAAGAAAGGCAGGACACGCAGCUCCUCUUCCUCCUCAGAUGGAAGCCCAGAGCCAAAAGGAGGGAAGGCUGGCUCUGGUCGCCGUGGAGAGGACCACCCAGCUGUGAUGAGGCUAAAGCGCUAUAUUCGGGCCUGUGGUGCCCAUCGAAACUACAAGAAGCUACUGGGCUCCUGUCGGUCACACAAGGAGCGCCUGAGUGUCCUCCGAGCAGAACUGGAAGCCCUGGGCAUGAAGGGUAACCCUUCCUUAGAGAAGUGUCGGGCCCUGAAGGAGCAGCGGGAGGAGGCGGCUGAGGUGGCCUCCUUGGAUGUUGCUAAUAUCAUCAGUGGUUCGGGCCGGCCACGCAGACGCACAGCCUGGAACCCUUUAGGAGAAGCAGCUCCCCCAGGGGAGCUAUACCGCCGGACCCUAGACUCAGAGGAAGAACGGCCCCGUCCCGCACCCCCAGACUGGUCACAUAUGCGUGGCAUCAUCAGCAGUGAUGGCGAGAGUAACUGAACUUCCCCACCUCCCAGGAUACGGACCCUUUCCACGUGUACAAAGCAUAUGUAAUACCCCUUGCUUUGUGCCUGCACAGAGCAGGAGCAGCUUUCUUCAGAGAAGACUACAGCCCCCAAGGACACAAGUUGUUGGGACACAUCUCAGCUUCAUGUUCUCCAUUUAAGGUGUUUACAGGGGUUUAUUUUUUAAGACUUAAUAAAGGAAUGUUUGUAAUCACUUCAUCAAAA